AGUCCGGGCAGAGCUAUCCGCUUCUCGCUCUCAGGUGCCACCGGUCCUUUCGGUCCCCAAUCCCCCACAACCGACUUUUUUCCAAAUUUCUGGCCGGCUCUGAAACCUGAGAACGAUUCUGUCUUUUCCCACAUCUUCUCCAGUCCGCCGGUACAUCGACGCAUCCGACCCGUAUAUUUUCUGUCGUUAUCUGUCUAGGCACCUGUCUUCUUCAGCAGUCUGUAUACUUACGUGAAGUGAUCACCCUUCUGUAAGAAUCUGUCCUUCUUCGGAACUCUGCCUAAGCCCUCUGGAACCUCGGUCGAUUUGCUCUCCCCGCUCGGUGUCUCAUUUGUAUUCCCUCUGCGCAUCCACGCGACGCUAAGAAAAAGGCUAGAAGGGAGGAAAGGAAGAGAAAAGGAAGAAGAGAAAGUAGGGGUCUCGCGGGUCGGUUAGCUGUGGGGCUGCGAGUCGGCGUGUGCGGUGAUGGCUGUGGUGGUGGCGCUGAUGCUGCUCUUCGGCUCGUCUCUGGCGCAGGAGGGCGGCGCGGCCGAGGCGACCACGCCGGCGGCCGGCGAGCCGCAGUGCGCCUCGUGCCUGCUGCGCGAGGAGCUGCGCAACAUGAGCCUCAACAACAUCAAGAUGCAGAUCCUGAGCAAGCUGGGCAUGAAGCACCCGCCCAACAUGACGGGCCGCCAGCGGCCGCCCAUCCCCAGCAAGGUCCACACCUGGCUCGACCUGUACCAAAGCGGCGGCGGGGGCGCCCCCGCUGCGUGGGCGGACAUGCAGGGUGACGAGCCGGCCGGCGCCACCAGCCGCCUGCCGCGGCCCGGCCCGCUGCCCUCGGACCCCGACGACGACGACUUCCACGCCCGCACCGAGCAGGUGCUCGCCUUCGCCCGCCCGCACACGAAGCUGCCGUACGGCCGGCGCAGCCACGACGUGCAGAUGUUCCGCUUCUCGGAGAAGGUGAUGCGCAACGUGGUGACAAACGCGACGCUGUACCUGUACCUGCGCGACGCCGGCGGCGGCCGCAGCAGCGGCAGCGUCAACGUCACCGUGAUGCGCGUGCUGAGCAACCCGCAGCAGCAGGAGUCGCCCAUGCUCGAGGUGGUCUACGUCAAGAACCACGUGUCGCUGCAGCUGCCGCACUGGUACGCCAUCGAAAUGCAGAAGGUGGUGGCGCACUGGUUCCGCUUCCCGCGCGAGAACCACGGCAUCGUCGUGCAGGCCGUGGACAGCGCCGGCAGGCAGCUCGUCGUCACCACCGCCGACCAGGACGACGGCUCGCGGGUGCCUUUCAUUGAAGUGCUGACAGCGGACGGGAGGAAGCACCGCUCAAAGCGUACCGUUGGCCUGAACUGCGACGAGCGCUCAGAAGAAACGCGCUGUUGCAGAUAUCCUCUCACCGUCGACUUUGAAGAGUUCGGCUGGGAUUGGAUUAUCGCGCCAAAGAAGUACGAAGCCAACUACUGUGCUGGUGAAUGCCCGUACGUCUUCCUGCAGAAGUUCCCCCACACGCACAUUGUCCACCUAGCGAAUCCAGCCGGAAGCAUAGGACCCUGCUGCGCGCCGCGGAAACUCUCGGCCAUAUCUAUGCUCUACUUCGACAAUGAAUACAACAUCAUUUACGGUUUAUUGCCUGGAAUGGUCGUUGAUCGUUGUGGAUGUUCUUAAAUGCCACAUUUUAAUUACGAACUGUUUCCUGUGCAAGUCGAAAAUUGAUGAGCCCGAAUAUUAGCCGUCUCAAAAUUCAUAACGGUACUGUUUACGAUGGCAUGUGAAGUGUGAAAAUCCAUAACUUGCGGCUCAUUUCGAAAUGAAUAUUUUGAAGGAAAAAAAAGAUAUAAUUUAUUUCUUAGCGUUGGUGACACAUUCCAAAGGGUAUUUUCAAUGUUAUUUCCAACUUACUUUAUUAUUUUGUAUUACCUGUGAAAAAUCGAGCGUUCAAUUGUAAUCGUGCAACUACGUAUACACAAAUGCCAAUACAACUGUGUAACGAAAGGGACAGUUUUUCUUUCUGUCCAGAGAUGGUCCUUACGCACGUAAUUUGGAAGCUUCUCUAGGGCGAACAUUAUUAUUAAACUUAAAUAAAAAAGUAGCGUAAGCAAUAUUCACACUGUUUGGUGAUCAUCUCAGCUUUGUUAUUGCACUUUACUGCUGUGGUUACACCUUAAUGUGCAAAAUGAAGAGUCUUAACGAAUUUCUCAGUUCUAUAAUGGGGACUAGAGGCAGAUGCUGCGUUAUCCUGCUUAAUGUAGAGAAUGUCCCCGAAAUAAAUGAAAGAAACGUUUAAAAUUGCAAUAUUAGUGUAACUUAUGAUAAGCGUGAACCAUGUCGUAUUGACAAUACUUGCGUGCUACUGUUACACAGUUCCAAGAAAAAUCUGUAUUCCGGAAGUUAUCAAAUUUUGGUUACAAGUCUAUAUUGAUACCGAUGUGAUAGAAGAAACACUGUAAAUGUCCGUUUAUUUGUGUACGCGUGACUUCAUAUUGCCACAAUUAUAAGUAUUGGUUUUUGUAUACAUGGUUGCAUUUGUGUUUGAUGGCAUUUCCAAAAAGAAACCAAUAGAUUCUUGUCAUAAUAAAUUCUAUUUUAUUGAGAAUGUGAUCUGUCAGACUAAUUACAUUAAUUUAUUUGUAAUCGGGAAUUAAAUGAAUGAAUAUUAAUUCAGAAUAGGCGACAGACCUGUGUUGAUCUAAUCGGAGAUCUUUCUUAGUAAUGUGUAUUUAGUGACUGUCAUUCUAGUACUUAUACAUUGAUAUUUCUUCACUGGGGGAUGUAUUUGAUAGUUAAUUAUCUUUUAUGUACCUCAAAGCUGAGAAAUUGGUGUACCCAAUCUCAUAGUGUGUCAAUAACAAAUCAAAAUCACUGCAAAAAAAUUAUUUUGUGUAAUUAGGUCAGCUCAUUUACUGGCUUACCAAAAAAAGAGAAAAAUAAAAUAAAAUACUAUGGUGUUCUCUGAACUCAAACUAAUGUAAUUACACAGUGCAAAAGUGGCUGAAGCAAUGUGAAAUACCAAUCAAGGCUGUGUUCUCCUGUACAGCAUACUGAUAGUUAUAUUAUGCUGCUUAGGUUAUAAAUUAAGCCAGUAACAUCUUAAGGCUACAACAUGAUGUGUUACAUACUUAUUAACCUCCUGAUUACCCUUUUGUUUCCUUUAUGCUCUUUUAGCACGUAGGAAAGCAGUAAAUUAGUUAUUAUACAUUUAUAGAUUAAGUUCAUUUAAAAUGUGUUAUUUGAAGUACCAAAGUCAAACAAAUUGCAGUUAUAUUCAGAAUUCUGAAAAUUAAGUUUCGUGAAAUACAUAUGAAAAAAGUUACAUUUAGUGAAUUGCGUUUUAUUAGGAACUGACUGUGUUUCUAGGUGGAUAUUCCUGUGUGUUGUCGUGUGUCUGUGAAAAAUUAAAUGUAUUGUUAUGUGUACUGCUAACUUUACAUCAUUGUGUCUGUAGUAUAGCCUAUAUUAAACAGAUUCGAAUGACUUUCAUCCCAUCAGUCACUAUCAUUAAUGAGUGUCUUCAUAUAAACUAUUCAGACUCAGAUAUGUUUUAUAACACAUUUCUGGCAUGGUGUGUGGGACUGUACAUCAGAAUAAAACUACAAGCUGCA